AUGAUAUUGGUGUCUAUGGCUUCCCCGAUCAACCCAUUCGUAUCAUCGCCAGAUUCAAAUCAUUUCAUCAAUGAGAUUGAUGAAGUUCGGGACUGGCUACGCAGCCCUUCGAGGAGGAUUCUGUAUAUCCAUGGAGUGGAUACUCUUGAAGCCAGUGAACAGCUCUUCUUUUCUAUCCAACAAUAUGCGAAUGCAAAUCUCAAGCAGCAUCAUCUUAUCCUCUAUUUUUCCUUUGACCGCCAUGAUAAUCGACGAAAUACUUUGAGUCAUAUGCUUUCAACCUUCAUAUCUCAAGUGAUCUGCCAUCGCUCAAAAGACCUGGAGCCCCGGAUAAGCUUGAUGUUCGAAGAAUUGAACCAGGAACGAUACUGGACUGAGACGGAUCUAUGCAUUUGGUUCCGCAAACUCCAGUAUUACAGUUCCAUUGUUGAAAUUUCAAUCGUGCUGAGUAAUUUCCACGAUUGCUCUCCCUCUUCACAGGCUUCUAUAUUAGGUCUGCUCUCCAAAAUGACGUAUGGAAACGACUUGCGCUGUCUUAUUGCAAUCGCCAGCUCACAGCCUCGAAUAAAAGACCAUGAUCCACGCCAUUUGGAGUGGAUUGACCUGGAAUUGAAGAUACCGCAGCCCGGACACGAUGCAUUUGUUACUUCAGAAAUCACGACAUUGCUUCGCUCGCACCCCGAAAUGUCAACGCAGAGAGCAGAACUGAAGGAUUGUCUGGAGAAAAUUGCAGAUAGUGAUUCCAUCAGUGGCAAAAUAAUCCGUGAACAGUGGAGGGCGCAAAGAAAUUUGCCUGUGGGGAAAUUCCAUGAAGAUACAUCUAAUCUCAACGGCUUUCAGGAAUGCAAUCGUCUGGCACACACAUUGGACCAACUGUUACGCAACUUCCCAGAUCAUGAGAAGGCUCGCACGUUGCUGGUUUGGAUCGUCUUUGCUGUCCGACCUUUAACGGUAUGGGAGCUUGCCAUUGCCAUUGCCAUCGACCUUGAGGUUGACCGCAAGUCUACCAAAGUCGUUGAGCUACAGUCAAGCGAUGUAAAUGGGCUUGUCAUUCAGCUGGAGACAUGGUUUGCAGGAAUUGUGCAGAUUCGGCAUAAUGAGGUGAGGGUUGCUAAUGAGCAGAUCGUUUCUGUUUUAAUGGGUUCCGGUAACGGGCCAACCGGGCCGUAUUUUUGGAACGGUAUACGUGAUAUCGCACAUCUCCGAAUCUCACGAGCAUGUCUUCAAUACCUCCAAGACCCAAACAUUUAUACCGUUUCCGACCAGUUCCAAGGUCUCCUAGCUUGCGAGGAUAUAAAGCCAUCCGUAACCCUCCGGCGCUACAAUCUUGUGUCGUACGCUACGCUGCAUUGGGCGACCCAUUAUCUCAAACACCCCAUCCCGGGAGAUCUAUUGACAGAUGUUGAAGCUUUCCUUGAAUCAGAUCUCUGUCCUCGUUGGGCGAGGACCUUUUGGUCCCUCUCAAAUCCCGUCACAAGGCCAAAUAAGCCAUUUGAAACAGGGAGCCCGAUCCUCGCCAGCCUACCUAUAUCCCACAACCACAUAGACCUUGUGAACACGGCCAAGGAUGAAACACUUAUCGAGGCAUCACGAAACCCCGACUCAUCUCUAGCCCUCGAACUACUCGAGAGGCAUGAAUGGUCGCAAUCUACUCUUCUUCAAGCACUCAUCGGAGCGUCUGCAUCCGUCAAUGAAGACCUCGCGGUUCAAAUUUUUGAUCUCAUGCAAAGAAAACAACUGGGUGGCCGGACCCAAUGGCCGUUAAUGCUUUUAAGACGCGCCUCACGGCUUAACUUCGUUAAACUCACUGGCAGGCUUGUCAAAGCAGGAGGCCAUGAACAGGCCGUGCUUACCGAGGACUCUUGUGAUCUACCCCCUCCUUUAUUUCAAGCGGCUGUAAAUAAUUCUGUCGAUUGCUUGAUUUUGCUUCAGGAAAGUGGAGUUGAUUUCGAGCAGUGGACGCGUUUCUCCCGCACAGUAUUACACAGUACCGUCGAGUUUGGUUGCACAGAAGCAGCUAAGGCUCUGCUUGAAAUGUAUCCUCACAUGCUCGAACUGGAGGAUGAAAAUGGUUGCACAGCACUAGACCUAGCAGCCGACUGGGGUCAGUAUGACAUGGUUGAAUGCCUGUUGGAACUUGGUGCAGAUCCAAAUAUGAGGUCAAGGGAUCAGUCCACCAAAGUUGAUGGUUUGAACAGGCUGCCAUUACCGUCAGCAGCAAAGGAAGGCCAUAUUGAAUGUGUACGCUCUCUGCUACACCAUGGCGCUGAUCCCAAUAUUGUGGGACCCGAUGGGGGUGAUACACCUCUGCUAUACGCAGUGGUGCACGGCCACACGACAAUCUGCCGCAUGCUCCUCCAGGAUAAGGCAGACCCCAAUAACAGUCUUCACAAAUCGUCUAUCCUUGUGGCCCUCUUAACCACGGAUGACCUUCCUCCGUUAACAGUCGAAGGCAUUUUUGGGUUGUUGCUUGAAUUUGGGGCUGAUAUAAACUGCAUUGAUGACUCUCAUCUGACCCCUUUGGUCCAUGCAAUAAAAUCAUGUCGUCAGUCACUGGUUGAGCAGUUACUAGAAAAGGGUGCCGAUCUCAACAUGCGCUGCGGGGAGAGCUGUGCUUUAAUAUUCGCGCUCGGCGAAGCCAACGGCCUAGAUGUGAUGAAGGCUCUGGUAGACAAGGACGCAGAUUUAGAGAAUGUAAAUCCCCAGGGAAUCAGUCCGCUGGGAUUUGCAGCUGCAAGAGGCAAUACUGCAGCGGUCGAAUUCCUCAUCGAUAGAAAAGCCGCACUCGAAUCUGAAUGUCACGAACCAGGUUAUUACCAAGGUUGGACAGCGGUAUGCUUCGCCGCGCGCUUUGGCAAACCAGAGAUUAUAAGAUUGCUUGCCAAUGCGGGGGCUGACUUGAGACACCGAAACAUUGAUGGCGCAUGUCCUCUCCACCUAGCAACCAUUUCCGACUCGCUCCAUGCCCUGUUAGAGUAUCGAGCGAGGAUCGAUAUCGAUGAAACGAACGAUUCCGGCGCAACACCAUUAAUGGUGGCUAUUCAGGAUGAUGGCUCGGUUGAAAACAUCAGGCUUUUAAUCAAUGCUGGCGUGAAUGUGAAUAUUCACGAUAGCUCAGGUAGAACGGCACUGAUGAAAGGCGUCAUUCGUAACAAUCGUGAAAUCAUAUCGCUUCUUCUUAAACACACGGAUAUAGAAAUCAAUCUCACCUCGUCAGCUUACGGGUCAGCUUUGCAUCAGGCAUGCCGUGAUGGAAAUUUGGAGAUCAUGAAAUUGCUGGUUGAAAGUGGUGCCAAUGUGAAUGCCACUGUCUUUGGAUACCGAGGAACGCCAUUGCAAUCGGCCUGUCAAGCUGGUGAUUGGGAUGACCCUGGAACUGCCCAACUUCGCCUUGAGUAUUUGCUGUCUAAGGGGGCAAACCCUACUGCUGCAGGAGGCCAGUUCGGUACAUUGAUGAGCACUGCGGCAGCGUUUACACCACCAUCCAUUGUCCGCUUUCUGUUGAAUAAAGGUGCUCCAAUUGAGGCUCAUAAUCAGCAGGGCUGUAUGCCCAUACACUUUGCUGCUACUCAUGGUAUUGAUAACCUGCUUGUAUUGAUGGACGCCGGUGCCAAUAUUGAAGCUCGGGACAAAAUGGGCCGAACGCCAUUGCAUUGGGCAGCGCAAAAUGGUCGUCUGAGAGUAGUUGACUAUAUACUGAAAACCAGUGACCCCUCGGCGGUUCAAGAGAUGGACAUUGAUGGAUGGACACCUCUUCAUUGGGCAGCGCGCGGCAGUAAUGGUAGCUUCUUUCCUGCAUUUGCCGGCGAGGAAAUUGACCAUCAGGGUGUUAUAAAGUCACUCCUGGAUUUUGGUGCGGAUGUUGACAAGACUGUCCUUAUAGAGGAAGAAGCUUGGCCUCCCCUCAGACUUGCAUGUUACAGUGGAGCGUCUGUGGAAACGGCUAAAGCACUCAUGCCUUCUAAUCGCAACCGGGUGACGGAGAAUGAGGUUAAGACCGGGGGGGACCUCAAUUGGACUUGCGAUUCAUGCUAUUGGGUGAUUCGUGGGCCUGCCUUCUUUUGUCAAACAUGUGUUGACAAUAGUUUAUGUCCCAAGUGCUACAUGAGAAGGAAUAUCGCACAUGCCCCUUAUGCUGACCAUGAAUUCAUCCAGAAGGGAGAGGAGUUUGCUCCCGAGGAUGAAUGGCAGCCUUUACUCCAGGGCCUGAACGCUAAAAAUGAAACAGAGUCUGAGCUAGCAUUCUCCGACUCCAGCUCCGACUCUGAGUUCAGCUCCAGCUCCGAUAGGGGCCUCCGGCGAGGCCGACGCCGUAGAGCGGGAAUCUGA